UUAAUGGUGGGAAAUAUGAGGUACGAGCACUGGGUGGAGGGUGCCGGCAGCAAGCAGCAUCACCUGACACUAGUAAACAAGAUGGGAGCUGCUGUGGUACCUGUUGCUGUUGUUACCGGGUUUUGGGCCAUAAUUGGCAUUAUAUUGCCUUUUAUCGUGGCCAAGGGUCCAAAUAAAGGUAGGGUGAUACAAGUAGUGCUGGUGCUGACUGCAUCAACAUGUUGGCUGUUCUGGCUUCUUUCUUAUAUGCAUCAGAUGAACCCUCUCAUUGGACCACAACUGCACAACACAACCAUUCUGGCCCUACUAUACCUUUGGGAUGGGAACAUAACAUUGGAAGACUUACAGGCUUAUCAACCUUCUGAUGAUUAUGCCCAUUCAGCAAUUGAGUGAAGCUUAUCUAGAAUAAAUUUGGAACUGAAGAUAUGUGGCCAAUUUUUUAAUAUUUCUUGAACCUUCCAUAAGAUAUAUUAUUGUAGAAAUAUAACUGGUAUAUAAUAUCAGUACUGUAUAUCAUGUUUAAUAAAAUUUAAUGUAAACUUCAAGGUAGAUUAUGAGUUUAAUAUUUCUGUAUUUCUUAUUUGUUUGCAUUGCAAUAAUUUGUUAAAGAUACAGUAAUAUCUCUUGUAUUGAAAGUUUAUUCACAUUUGGAAAAUACAAAUGUUUUAUGUAUUAGCAUUUUCCAGAUACAUUAAAUAGAAAAGCUUUGUGAUAGAAUUUUUUUUUUUUUUUCAACAAGUCGGCCGUCUCCCACCGAGGCAGGGUGACCCAAGAAAGAAAGAAAAUCCCCAAAAAGAAAAUACUUUCAUCAUCAUUCAACACUUUCAUCUCACUCACACAUAAUCACUGUUUUUGCAGAGGUGCUCGGAAUACAACAGUUUAGAAGCAUAUAUGUAUAAAGAUACACAACAUAUCCCUCCAAACUGCUAGAAACUGAUAGAAAUAUUUGUUGUAAAAGUCUCGUGUUACUGUAUAACCAACCUUAAUUUAAAAUAACAUUUAUUCUUGCUGUGUUAUUGAAGCAUUAGUGUAUGUAAUGCUGAUAUAUUCAUAGUAACUUCCUUACAUCUCAGGUUAACUGCAUGUUCUUGAUACUGCAAUGUAUAAUUUAGUUGUUACCCCAUUAACUGCAAUCCACAUAAAUUUACGCAGGGGACCAAACUGUGUGGUGUAAAUUUACAUCUUAUUUUCAUGCUUCCAUAUUUACCGCCCGUCAACUUUGAUGCCUCCAUUCAGUAGUUUAGGUGUCCUACCACCUUGUGUCACCUGAGAAAAUGUAAGGCCAAUCACAUCGUAACAGUGCUUCAUGGGUAACAAUGCUUCAUCACAGGUAAACAAGAUUUGUAGUACAGUAGGACUCCCGUAUCCACUGGUCUGAUAUCUGCAGUUUCAGUUAUUCAUGGUUUACCAUGGCCUGAAAAUAACCCUUAAUUUUGCUUAAUAAUAAUGGCCUCAAAAUGCAAAAGUAGUGAUGGUAGCCGUGAAGUCCUUCCCAUCAAUGAAAAAGUGAUAAUUCUCCACUUAUUGUGUAUACUAAUUUAUCAGUCAAACUUUAUAAUAGGUAUGUCUAGGACUUUCUUAUAGGGUUUUCUACUAUCCACAUUUUUAGUAUCUGUGGCAAGUCCUUGUAACUUAUCCCUGUGGAUAUGGGGGUCUUACUGUAUGCCACCCUGCAUCUCUGACUGAUUUCCAUGUUUCGGCGGGUGUCAUACCUUGAAUAAAUUGUAAUAUCAUUGGGAUUUCCUUGUAGAUAGUGUUAGAAGAUGAAAGCAAUCAAUAGAAACAAGAAAAAAUUAUAUUGUAUAUGCUGUAUUGGGCUAUGCAUUUUCCCUUAGUUUCAAGCAAUGAAGCACAUCUAAUAGUAUAAGAAACUAGGGUACAUAGUGUUUAAACUUUUUUUUUUUUUUUUUGCAAACCUAUCAUAAUUUGGCAUAAAUAAAUAGGGAAGUAAAUACCAUUACAUAUGUUUAUUUACAACAAUGUUGCCAACUAGUGAAUAUUCUUUGCUAACUUCAGUAUCACAUAAAGCUAAUUUUUUGUAAGAUUUCAUUUUUUCACAGUUCAGCAACAUGCUUUUGAAGUGUUUUUUGUCUUUCAAAAGUUUGUUAUGCACAAGAAAAACUGUCAGUCUGCCAUAUUUGAGCCAAGUUAUAUUUGUGUUAAUUACCUGUUAUAACCUGUAUACAAAUUGCCACCAAUGAUGAUUGAUGGUGUUCAGUGCUACUUACAAGGAACAUAUGUAAACAGAGGUGGAGGAUCUUGCUUUUUUACUCCUACAGUAAAUGUUAUUUCUUUAAGACUGAGAAUAUAUUCUCAGCAAAAACAAAAAUAUACAGGUUUUUUUGAGUGUAUGUAGUUAACUUUGUAAAUAUUGACAUAUUCCACUGUCAUUUCUCCUUAAUGAUUUAAAACAAUGAAUGGUUUAUUGUAAAGUGGGAAGUGGUGUAACAUAUUUUAAAUAUAUAUCAUUUAUAGACUG